CACAGCAAACACAAACAGAUAAAACCCUGAGGAAACUCUGGUGCGUGCAGACUCAUGCAAAGAUUCCGUUUGGAUUUCAAGCCCGUGCAGUGAGGAAACAUGAAAGCGACGAUCAGCGUCUGUGUUUUCAUCUGGACGCUCGCUGCUCUGACGGCUUCUGAAGCAGGCCCGUCGAGGGAAAGUUCCUUCUCCUCGCCCUCCGUGCCCUCCUCUUCCUCCUCUUCCUCCUCUUCGUCCUCCUCGUCCUCCUCCUCCUCCUCCUUUGAGAGUUCAGAUGGGAUCUGUCUCAACGGAGGCUCCUCGGUCAAAUCCCUGACCACCGGUGAACACAUGUUCUGCUUGUGUGCUGAUGAAUUCGAGGGGGGGCGCUGCGAGACAGACAAAGCUGCUCAGUGCUACGAGGGCGUGGGGCUGUACUACAGAGGCACCGUGUCCAGGUCGGCGAGAGGACGGACAUGUGAGCAGUGGGACUCCGACACCAGGGAGAGAUUCAUGUCGUCGGAUGUGAAUGAAGGGAGACACAACCACUGCAGAAACCUGUUGUUCAGACGGCGUCCGUGGUGUCAGGUCCGGAGGAACCAGCGGCUGGUGAAGGAAUACUGCCACAUCCCGCGCUGUGGCUCAGAGUCACUUCCAGCUUCGCCGCCGCCUGCGGCCACAGCGCCGGCACCGCCAGCUGCCGCGUCGACCUGCGGCCAGCGCAGCAGAAGGAAGCAGAUGAAGAUCGUGGGCGGAACCGUUGCCACCGCGGAGGCCCACCCGUGGGUCGCUGCCAUAUUUUGGCGCAGCGAGUCCGGGGAGAAGGUUUUCCGCUGCGGGGGCAGCCUGAUCUCGGACUGCUGGGUCCUGUCGGCCGCCCACUGCUUCCCCCACGGCUCCCACGACAAAGAGCGGCGCUUCUCCGUCGUCCUGGGGAGGAACGCUCUGAACGAGAGCGACCCGACGGCGGAGCAGAGGUUCAGGGUGGAGAAGAUCAUCGUGCACGACGGGUUCGACGACAGCGAGGGCAACUUCAACAAUGACAUCGCCCUGCUGAAGCUGAGGGCUCGCGGCGGUAAGUGUGCGGAGGAGAGCAGGACGGUGAAGGCCGUCUGCCUGCCGCCGCCUCGGCAGAGCCUCCAGCCCGGCGUCGCCUGUGAGAUCGCCGGAUACGGGAAAGAGAAACAGGCGUUGUGGUACCGGUCUCAGUACCUCAGGGAGGCUCGGGUAAACCUCCUCGCCGACGACGUGUGUCGGCACAAGGACUAUUAUGAAAACAUGAUCAGCGACAACAUGUUCUGCGCCGGUCGUCCCGACUGGAGCCAGGACGCCUGCGAGGGAGACUCGGGGGGGCCUCUGGUGUGUGAGGUCGGCGGCAGGCUCUUCCAGUUCGGGGUCAUCAGCUGGGGCGACGGCUGCGCCAAGGAGUACCGACCCGGCGUCUACAGCCGGGUGACCAACUACAACGGGUGGAUAGGAGAGAAGACGGGUCUGACGUCCGUCGCCGCUGGAGCCGCGUUCCCUCAGAACCUCUGAGCCGAGGAAGUUCUGAAAUAUAGAACCGGGGUUUCUCUUCUUAUUAAUAACAAAAUCUUAUUAAAAUCACCAACAAACAGACAAUGACGUCAUCCCACUGAGACUGUUGACAGUCUGAUUAUAUCGUGUUCCUCUGUGCUCCGCAUUUAAAACACGUCACACAUUAUUGUUCCUCUUCACUCAAUCGGACAUAAACCGUCCCGCUGCCAGAAAUAAUAACCAGAGCACAAAUAUGUAAUAUUAAUCCCCCGCUGAAAAAGAGUCCCGAAAAAAUGCAUUCAGGGAUUAAAGUUCUCCGUCGCCACGAUGGAUUUACAGCAGUUACAUUUCAGAGAUCAGUGUAGAUUAAAUAUAUAAUCUCUUUGUCAUGUGAUACACUAGUUAGGUCACUAGGUGGCAGCAAUUGGCUGUGAAUUCACUGUUGACUGUUAGUUCAUCUUCUUGAUGGUGGUUGGCUGCAGACAUAAACCCCGCCCCUUCCAUGUUAGUGGAUGGGACCAAAUAAAAUUGAAUCAAAGUACAUUUACAGAAUCAAUGUAAACCCCAUUAAAAAACUCUAACAAUA